AUCAAAUUUUUUACAGUUAGAAAGAAGCAGUAAAUUAAUCGAGUGAAUAAAUUUCGAAUAUAUCGGUUGUUCCGAUUAUAUUUAUUUAAACUAUUCGAACAUUAUUUUAUCGUUCGAAAAAAUGAGGUAAUAAUAAUACAUCUCUUUUCAUUUUCAUAUAAAAAAAAACGUGCCGACAACUAAAACGUUUUAAAAACGGAUUUUCUUUGGAAAUGGACUAACGUCAAUAAUGACAGAAGACGUAAUCGCAGUUAGCGGUUCAGAAAGACAGUCAGGUUAACUAAACGCCAUUGUUACACUAAGAGUGUUCUUUAUUUUGUUAGAAUAAUUUUGUUUAUUAAUGGACACAAUAAGAAGUGAUAGUGUAAGUGGAUAGUAAAUAUUAGUGCAAUAGUGGACGUGACUCUGACUAUUUUUAUUGAACUGAAAUUAUUACAAAGAUUAGUCAAUGUCAGCAGGCGUGUCAGAUCAGCGGAUGAAAGGACAGGGAAAUCAAGUGUCCAAUGGCCCUAAAGAACAGCUAGGUGUGGGAGAAGGAGCAGGAAGCUCUGAAGAAUUUGAACCAUGGAGGACUCAGCAACAAAACACGACUGCUCACACUGCUUAUGGUGCUUCCGUUCCAAUUUCAAGUGCAACAGAUAUUUACAAUAUGAGUACAGCAGGGUACUAUGGAAGUGGAGGAACUUACCCAUAUCAGGCUUAUGGUGUUGGAGAUGGAACAUGGUCAAACGGAACAGAUCCAAUGACCUUCCUAAGCGGUUAUCCACACGAUUCUUAUUCAAUGGAUGGUAUGUUCGGACCGUCAACGACAUUCUCGACACCUACUGCAUUUGCUGGUCAGCCUUCUUCAUUCAAUUAUUUCCACAGCAACGGCGACUUCAAUACUUGGGGGAGUCAACUAGGAGGACAACGCAAGUACGAUGAUUAUUAUAGGGAUCACCAGAAUAUGUACACAACACAAGCCAUGCCUGAUUCGACUCUCAAAAGUGUGGAACAAGCUAUGCAGAAUUUAGACUUGAAAGCAUCUAUGGAUUCAAAAGAAUCUCUAGGUCAACCAAAGAAAGCGACAUGGGCGAGCAUAGCUAGCCAGCCCGCCAAGCCUCAACUGUCUAUACAAAACCAAGGGCUUAAAAAGAAAGGACCGGGUAUGCCCCCAGGUCCGAUUGUUCCAGGAAAGCACAAUAUGGAUAUAGGUACUUGGGACACCAACAAGACCCCACCUCAAUUACCUCCGGUUGUGACGAAUCCUCCAAAAAAUGUGGUGGCAUCCACCGUAGCGGUAAGACCCGCUUGGACAGGUCCUCCUAAUAAUAGGCAAGUACCCGCAGUGGCACCACGUCCCCAGCACCCGAUGCCCGCUUAUCAACCACAGAAUAUGAUGCCUCCACACUUGCCUCCUCAAGUCAGUAUGACUCCUGGACACAUGCAGGGAAUGAUGCCACCACCUCUGCCCGCUAUGAUGGUGCAAACACCUCCUACUACCACUGCAGCUCUUACACAUCCAGUUUUAGAUGAAUUAAAAGGAAAAAACAAUUAUAAUCCAACGGAUUUCGAUUUAACUGCUCCAAAUACAAGGUUCUUUGUUAUAAAAUCAUAUUCAGAAGAUGAUAUACACAGGAGUAUCAAAUAUGAAAUAUGGUGUAGUACAGAACAUGGCAACAAACGUUUAGACACCGCUUUCAGGGAGCGUGGUAACAUUUAUUUGUUCUUUUCUGUUAACGGUUCAGGACAUUUUUGUGGAAUGGCACAGAUGGUAUCAGCAGUGGAUUAUAACGCAAAUAGUUCUGUUUGGUCACAAGAUAAAUGGAAGGGACAAUUCAAGGUACGCUGGAUAUACGUUAAAGAUGUCCCCAACGUUCAAUUACGUCACAUCCGUUUGGAGAAUAAUGAUAAUAAACCUGUCACGAAUUCGCGAGACGCCCAAGAAGUGCCCCAUUCGAAGGGAGUGCAAGUUUUGCGUAUUAUGCAUUCUUAUCGACAUUCUACAUCAAUAUUUGAUGAUUUCAUACAUUAUGAAAAACGACAAGAAGAAGAAGGAAUACGCAAACAGUCGGUAAUUAAAGAUAGUGUUAGUGGAAGUGGAUCCGGAAGUGGUGGAGGUAGUCACGAAGGAGUACAGAAUAGGGAGCAUAGAGAAAGGGGUGAUCAUAGGGGUGGAAGGAAUCACGAUAGGGAUCGAGACGGAGGAGAAGGUGGACAUCGUUCUGGUGGCGGAGGACAUAGGAAUAAUGACCAUCAUGGGGAAAGGGGACAUAAGGACCGUGAAAAUAACAGAGGUCGCGGCGGUCGCGGAGGAGGUCGUAAUUAAGAAUUUUGCAUAUAAAAAAGAAACUAGCAAAAGCAUCCAUCAUAAUAUAUAUUUUUACGGCUGCUGUGUUGUCCUCUAGUGUUAUUCCUAUUAUCGGCUUUCUAAAACAAUUUUCAUUGACACAUUUAUCCAUCAAAAUAGAAAUUAGUGGCCAUUUUCUAGAGCAUCUAAUACAACAUAGCUCAAACCUCAAGUAUUUUAAUGUCGAUGGAGAUACAGACUCAAAUGUUUUCCCAAAUCUUUUCCGUAACUCUAUACAAAUCUACCUUUUUAUGUUUUUGUUUUUUCAUAAUGCAAGUUAACUAAUUACCCUUUGUUUAGUUUUUUUACUCUUUAAGAUUUUUUCUGUAAUUGCCAUUGUUUUUUUUUUGGACUGUUUCAUUUCUGGGAUACCUUUAAUUCCUCUGAACAUUUUUGUUCUUUAUCUAUAUAUGUAUUAAUCAUUGAUUGGAAUACCAUUGUCAUAAGAUUGUUAAAAGAUGGAAUAUUUUAAUACCUUUCAUUAUUGUAGAUAUACUUUUAGUAAUAAGAUAUGUUUUAAAAUGCCCUCAAAAAACAUUAUCAUAUUAUUUUAAUUUAUUACAUAAUGGUAGAAUAAACAUUUUACUUUUUCUUAGAAUGCCGUUUUAGCUGUAAAUAGUUUAUUUUUUUCAGCAUAAAAGUUUGCGAAUGAGGGAUUUUCUAUAAUUCUCACCAUUUUGUUUACAGAGAGUUGUUUGAAAUGGAGAAUUCUAAUAAAUGACAUUAUCAAUACAAUUUAACCUUAGGGUGUUAGGAAAAUGUAAAGGUAUCUAGAAAAUGGCCCAUAGUUAAAUUUUCUAUCGUUUUCAGUAUAUUUAUUUCAAUUGCAUGUUAUUAGAAAUAACGGUAGAAGCAGAAAACGUAAUUUGGUUUAAAAUAUAUGCAAUUUUGUUUCUAUAAUAGUUGUUGCUUGAUAUUUUGCUUUUCCAUUUAUAAUAAAAAGAGCAUUUUAUGCAUUGCUAACAUUCAUGUACAUACAAAAAACAUUGGUUGAAUUGAAAGAAUACAUUUUUAAGAAAACUCUUUGUUUAUUUUCAUUUUUUUCUAAAAUAGGAAAGCCCAGACUUUUUUUUUAUUUUUAAUUAUUUCACAUUUAUGUUCUCACAAAAAUAUUGAUACGAUUCAAAGAAUAUGUAAUUUCGAAUUAGAAAUUUGUAUACACUUGAUGAAUGUUAGUACCACAUAAAAUGUACUAACAAAUUUCUAAUGAACUAAGCCGGUGAGGAUGCCACCACCAUUUCCAUUAUUGAAUUUACUCUUAAAACUUUUUUUCAAAAAUAAAAAAAAAAUGUAUCGGUUACAAAGCGAAUCUAAAAAGGUAUAUGGAUUCUAGCAGAGUAGUUGUACAAUAAUUGUCCACUCUUCGGAUCGGUAAUGAAGAUAAAUAUAUAACAAAAAGAAAGAAGAAGAAAUAGUGCAGUGUUUUCAUUUGUGUGACAGAGAGUGAUAACGGGAACUAAAUAAAUUUAAAUUUUGUAAUAUAUAAACUGUAGUUGAAUUUUGUCCGGACUAUUAAUGUUGAUAAUUCUCAACGGCCUUUCGUUCCAGUGUUCGGGUAUAGAGAGAGAGAGAGGAGGUUGGGCCGUGUAUAAAAUAUAACGAAAAUAAAAAAAAAAAGGAAAAUAUAUAUGUAUUUAAAAAGAAUAACAUUCAGUGGGCGACGAACUGUGCAAGUGAUCGCAAAGGUUUUUAAACAAACUAUAAAUAAAUAACAAAUUGGCUACUGUUUUAGUUAAAAAGAACACUGACAUAAUAUUUGUUUAUAUCUGUUACAGUUUUUCAAUUUUCUAAUAUCUUGUAGGUGAUGAUAUAUAUGAUAAUAUGAACUGUGUGCACUUUUUUUAAAUAUUUGUUGAGAUUGAAUAGUUUAACUUAAGGCUACUAAAAACAUAGACAUGCUAUGUUCUCUUCAACUGUUGUUUUUUCUAUUUAUUUAUUCAAUAACUAUUAUCAAACUACAAAUAGAAACUAAAUAAAACUGCGAGAAAGUUUUAUCAAAAUAUUAUAAAUAAAUUGCCAUUUUUAUGUAGUACGUGUGUUUAAUUAAUAUUUUUUACAGAUUUUCAGUUUCAUCUAUAAUUUCAUAUCUCUUGUGUUAUGUUUGUUAAAGCCUAAAUAAAUUAGCUCAAACUUAUUUUGGAUUAUUACUUUAUAUAAAUAACUGGAAGCUUUCUUAUCUAUCGAAGUAAAAAAAUUCAACAUGUAUUAAAAAAAAAAUUGAAUAGAAGUUAAAAAUUUGUUUCUAUCUGUAGAUAUAUAAAUGAUAUUGCCUUUUUGUUUAUACAAAUUGGUAUAUUGAUGUAAAAACACUUGAAUGUCGAUUAAUGUUGACCAGACGGAUCCUGUGCAACAAUAACUAAUAAAUGUUUAACUUUCAAAUGCACGUAAUUGAAGAAUUUACAAAAAAGCAUGCAAAAUUUUUAAUCGAGAAGCUCGGAAUGAUCUAAUAAUUUCACAAGAAAAUUAUUGAAUAUCGUUAUUGGUAUUUUUGUGUCAAUAGAUCUAUAUCGAAGUGAUAAGUUACAUAAACCAAAAUUUCAUAUUUUUUUGUAAAUGCUUUAUUUUGUAGAAGCGAAUCAUUGUUAUUUUGAUAUAAACGAAUCCACAUUUGUCAAAAGACGUCCACAUGCCUUUUCGCUGCAAUAACAUGAAUAGUAUUUUGAAAAUUACUCAAGAUUUUUCGAAAAAAAAAAAAAAAAUUGAGAAAGCAAAUGUUGAGGUCUUUAAAUAUUUGUAUUUAUUGAGGGUGAUCUAUUUGUUAUUAAUGUUUUUUUUUCAGAUAAUAGUAAAAAUUUGUAAAUCAUUUCUUGAAAAAAACGUUCAUUAAAUUAAUGAAUGUAUUUUUUCUUGUAGAUUCCAGUAAAUAUAUUUUGUCGAUAUUGUUCCUACAUAAAAUACAUUCAAAUAGUUUGAAAGUAAAAUUGAAUAGAACAAAUUUUCUAAUAUCGUGACUUGAGCUCCGUUAUUUUUAUAGUGCCUCAGUAUUUUACAAUCAAUCAUUUCUUUAUGAUAUUUAAAUGUACAAUUUUUUUUUAACAAUGCUUAUACAAAAUGAUAAAACUUCUGAAGGGAAUCCCACAUAAUUUAAUAUAAUUCAAUAUGAAAAAAAUUCACAAACGUUAUCUUUUUCACUUUUUUUCUUGUAUGUAUAUUGUAAAUAAAUGUAUAAAAGUGUAAAAUAAAAAUGAGUUAUUUAGUAAAAGUUGUUGGACCAAUUUUGAACUGCCAAUACAAAAAUCAUCAAAUAUUUUAUAUUUUUUUAUUAAUUUGAUUAUCUAUUCGAAAUUACAUCAUAUUUUGGUACUAAAACAACUUUAUAUAUAUUGUGCAGUUCCGAAUGAUCAAAACAACGUUUUAAGUCUUCUCAAGUUUAUUUUUUUUUCUUUAUAUGUAAAAGUUGAUCCAUUACUCACACAUAUCGAGUGUUUUAGAUUCACUGAAUAUUGCAGGUACAAUUAUCGAAAGAAAGGUAUUCGUUAACUUAUUUCUAUAAAUCCGUCAUAUGAAAAUUGAAAUUAAAAAAAAAAUAAAUUUUUAGAUUUCGAAUAAAUCAAAUCAAGUUUUUGAGUACGUGGUGGUUCAACUAGCACAACCAAAUAAGAACAUAGCAUGGCAUAAUGGUAUUUUUUUUGUGUAGUCAUUUAUCUGUACACUGUGCCUAAUGUUUUAGACUGAUGCACACCGUGCGUUUGUUGGUUAUGAUUAUUACUGAUUUAUUUGUGUGUGAUCCGAAAAGUGGGCGUCUGUUGAUAGCGACGUCAAUAAAUAAAUCAUCAAUAUCA